UAAUGCUUCUCUUGGAAAGGGCAAUGAAUGGUUCGUCGAUUGUUGCAUUAGAUCUUUCCCAGCUCAACCGUAAUGCUCAGCUUUUACUCCUCUCUGUAAUUUAAAAGCUGCAUGGCUUUCACGUUAAACAGACUCUUGGUCUUUAUCCCCAGGUGAGCUGCAGUCUUUGAGGGAAAUACCAACAAGGAGAAUCUUUCAGAUUUCUUGGCUGGGGAAUACCUCUCUCCCCACCCCCAUAUCCUUAUCUGCUUGUGUCAGCAGCUACUAGCCAGCGUGUCGCUGUGCAUGUCUGAUAUGUAGGAAAAACACGGCGUGAAGAUUUAAGAGAAAAACCAUUGAUAGAUUCCCCGAUCCCUUUGCUAAAAGAAAGCUUCCUUUAGCAGAGGGAUAGAAAGUGGAGGAAGAAAGAUAUUAUCUGAUUAACAAUAUCAGAGUAGGUUGGGACAGUUGGAAAUCUGCCAUUGUACAACAUGCUGCAAGUAAAUCUCUCACCCACCUUUUCGCUCGGAUUUCAUCUGUUAGCCAUCGUGGCUCUCUUAUUUUCCCAUGUGGACCAUAUAAGCGCUGAGACAGAAAUGGAAGGGGAAGGCAAUGCAACUGGAGAGUGUACCGGCUCAUAUUACUGCAAGAGAGGGGUGAUUUUACCCAUUUGGGAGCCCCAGGACCCUUCCUUUGGGGACAAAAUUGCUAGAGCUACUGUGUAUUUUGUGGCCAUGGUCUACAUGUUUCUUGGAGUCUCCAUCAUUGCUGACCGGUUCAUGUCCUCUAUAGAAGUCAUCACAUCCCAAGAAAAAGAAAUAACCAUAAAGAAACCCAAUGGAGAGACCACGAAGACAACUGUGAGGAUCUGGAAUGAGACGGUUUCCAACUUGACCUUGAUGGCCCUGGGAUCCUCUGCUCCAGAGAUCCUCCUUUCAGUUAUUGAAGUGUGUGGCCAUAACUUCACUGCUGGAGACCUUGGUCCAAGCACCAUCGUGGGAAGUGCCGCAUUCAAUAUGUUCAUCAUCAUUGCGCUUUGUGUUUACGUGGUCCCAGAUGGAGAGACAAGGAAGAUAAAGCAUUUGCGUGUGUUCUUUGUGACGGCAGCCUGGAGCAUCUUUGCCUAUACCUGGCUUUACAUUAUUUUGUCUGUCAUCUCUCCUGGGGUCGUGGAGGUCUGGGAAGGAUUGCUUACUUUCUUCUUCUUUCCCAUCUGUGUUGUGUUUGCUUGGGUAGCAGACCGGAGGCUUCUGUUUUACAAAUAUGUCUACAAGAGGUAUCGGGCGGGCAAGCAGAGGGGGAUGAUUAUCGAACAUGAAGGAGACAGACCAUCUUCCAAGACUGAAAUUGAAAUGGAUGGGAAAGUUGUUAAUUCUCAUGUUGACAAUUUCUUAGAUGGAGCUCUGGUUCUGGAGGUCGAUGAGAGGGACCAGGAUGAUGAAGAAGCUAGGCGUGAAAUGGCUAGGAUUCUGAAGGAACUCAAGCAGAAGCAUCCGGAGAAAGAAAUAGAGCAAUUAAUAGAAUUAGCUAACUACCAGGUCCUAAGUCAGCAGCAAAAAAGUCGAGCAUUUUACCGCAUUCAAGCUACUCGCCUGAUGACUGGAGCUGGCAACAUUUUAAAGAGGCAUGCAGCUGACCAAGCAAGGAAGGCUGUCAGCAUGCAUGAGGUGAACACUGAAAUGGCUGAAAAUGACCCUGUUAGUAAGAUCUUCUUUGAACAAGGGACAUACCAGUGUCUGGAGAACUGUGGUACUGUAGCCCUAACUAUUAUCCGCAGAGGUGGUGAUUUGACCAACACUGUGUUUGUUGACUUCCGAACCGAGGAUGGCACAGCCAAUGCUGGGUCUGAUUAUGAAUUUACUGAAGGAACUGUAGUAUUUAAGCCUGGUGAGACCCAGAAGGAAAUCAGAGUUGGCAUCAUUGAUGAUGAUAUCUUUGAGGAGGAUGAAAAUUUCCUUGUGCAUCUCAGUAAUGUCAAAGUAUCUUCUGAAGCUUCAGAAGAUGGCAUACUGGAAGCCAAUCACGUUUCUUCACUCGCUUGCCUCGGAUCUCCCUCCACUGCCACCGUGACUAUUUUUGAUGAUGACCACGCAGGCAUCUUUACUUUCGAGGAACCUGUGACUCAUGUGAGUGAGAGCAUUGGCAUCAUGGAGGUGAAAGUAUUGAGAACAUCUGGAGCUCGAGGAAAUGUUAUCGUUCCCUAUAAAACCAUUGAAGGGACUGCCAGAGGUGGAGGAGAGGACUUUGAGGACACUUGUGGAGAGCUCGAGUUCCAGAAUGAUGAAAUUGUGAAGAUCAUUACCAUUAGAAUAUUUGACCGUGAGGAAUAUGAGAAAGAGUGCAGUUUCUCCCUUGUGCUUGAGGAACCAAAAUGGAUAAGAAGAGGAAUGAAAGCCCUGUUAUUGAAUGAGCUUGGUGGCUUCACAAUAACAGGCCAACCUGUCUUCAGGAAAGUUCACGCUAGAGAACAUCCGAUUCCCUCUACUGUAAUCACCAUUGCAGAGGAAUGUGAUGACAAGCAGCCGCUGACCAGCAAAGAGGAGGAGGAGAGGCGCAUUGCAGAAAUGGGGCGCCCUAUUUUGGGAGAACACACCAAGCUGGAAGUGAUCAUUGAAGAAUCCUAUGAAUUCAAGAGUACCGUGGACAAACUUAUUAAGAAGACAAACCUAGCCCUUGUGGUUGGAACGAACAGCUGGAGAGAGCAGUUUAUUGAAGCUAUCACUGUCAGCGCUGGGGAAGAUGAUGACGACGAUGAAUGUGGGGAGGAGAAGCUACCCUCCUGUUUCGAUUACGUGAUGCACUUUCUGACUGUCUUCUGGAAGGUCCUCUUUGCCUUCGUGCCCCCUACAGAAUACUGGAAUGGCUGGGCAUGUUUCAUUGUCUCCAUCCUCAUGAUUGGCAUACUGACAGCUUUCAUUGGAGACUUGGCUUCCCACUUCGGCUGCACCAUUGGCCUAAAAGAUUCUGUGACUGCAGUAGUGUUCGUCGCACUUGGAACUUCAGUACCAGACACAUUUGCGAGCAAAGUGGCAGCCACCCAGGACCAGUAUGCAGAUGCAUCCAUCGGUAACGUCACUGGCAGCAACGCAGUGAAUGUCUUCCUGGGAAUUGGUGUGGCCUGGUCCAUUGCUGCCAUUUACCAUGCAGCCAAUGGGGAACAGUUCAAAGUGUCCCCUGGCACGCUAGCUUUCUCUGUCACUCUCUUCACCAUUUUUGCUUUCAUCAAUGUGGGGGUGCUGCUGUAUCGGCGGAGGCCGGAAAUCGGAGGUGAGCUGGGUGGGCCCCGGACUGCCAAGCUCCUCACAUCUUCCCUUUUUGUGCUCCUAUGGCUCUUGUACAUUUUCUUCUCCUCCCUGGAGGCCUACUGCCACAUAAAAGGCUUCUAAAUGAACAAUCAGAUAUAGUAAAUUUAUAUAUAUAUAUAUAUUAUACAUAUAUAUACAUAAAAAAUUAUGUAUAAUGAACAGAGGAAACUGACAUUUGUCAUGAUCGCUUACCUGCUGAUGGAAUCCAGCUUCAAGAGCAUACUCUGACUAGGGCUGAAGUGAGAAACCGUCACCUCCCAUUCCCAGGGGCAUCGUCACGUUGACAAGGCAUGGAGGCAGGGCCAUCUUUGCAGCUCAGACUGACAGGGCUGUGUUCUCUCCAGGUGCAUAAAUUGUUAAGUCUUUGAUUUGUUUUCUGUUUGGGCUUGUUUUCAGUGGGGGCUGGGGAGGUGGUUGAUGUUUGGCUUUUAUUUUGUUCCACUUUGUUUUGUUUUGUUGAAAGGAUAAGAGUUUUUGCUUCUCUUGUGGGAAGUGAUGACCAAUCUAAAUGCAAAUGGGUUUUUGGUAAAAAUGUAAAGCCUUGAGAUUACUCUCCCUUCCUCCAAACACUUUAAAAAUUAUUUUGGAUUAAGAAAGAAUAUGGGCAUGGAAGAAGAAAGAAGCAUAUCUUCACCAUGUUACUAAAUCCAAUGUUUAUCUCUGGACCGUGAGCAGAGAAGAAACCGCCUCCAAGAAGCAGCAUUGGAGCUCGAAAGGAGCGGGGAAAAGUGAUGGUUCUAGAUACCAUCAGAUACUUAAAGAUGUGACGCCUGACACUCUUGUUCAACAGGUACAGGGAUAACGUGCCUAGAAUCCCAGGAACAUGCAAAAUCCUUUCUUUCUUAUCUCUUUAGCUCUGGACUGUGGUUAGCAAGGUCCUUCUUCUGAUGUUCCAUCCCAGCUAACUCCCAGGUCCCUGUCCCCACCCUCCUCCUCCUGCCCACCACUCCUCAUGCAAACAGGAAGAAUAACCCCGUUUAAAAAGCAUAUCAUCCUUUUCCAUUUACAUCAAUAAGUGUGCCCCAGUCCCAUGUUGCUGCCUGGGAUCAUCCGUCAGUUUUAUUUUCAAAAGCAUCCAUGGCUUGCUCAAUCCUGUCCUGAUCAUGACUGAACAUUUGCUCCUUCUUCAUGUGCCUGUUUGGGAAUGUUGUCGUGAUACCUGUCACACAGUGCAUGGACGAAAAACAAAUAAAACAAAACAAAGCGUAUCUGUAUAUAGUAGAGUAGAGGAUAUACUGGUCUCCCAUUCAGCAACGUUGAUUGGACAUUGAAGACAUAAGUGAGUUUUCUUUUCACCUGAGUUGUAACUUUUGUGUUGUUAUUGAGUUUAUGACUAGGGAUAAAAGGACGAAAUGGCUUACUGUUCAUGGAUCUGCACAUUCAUUUCUAAGAAGCAAUAACUGUCAUGUGGGAAGUUAAAGCUAUUGAGAGGACAGCAGGCAAACUACAAAGUAUCUUCAUGGAAAAUUAGCCAUGUGGAACAUACCAGAGGCCUCUAAAAACUCACCUGUUGAUUCACGAAGGCCAAGGAGAAAGGUGUAGAGAAAUGGAUGCAUUAGAUGUGCCUGGGCUUCGAGAGCCUCCAUUUUCAUAACACCCCUGCCCCUAAAGUAUUUAUUUCACAUCUGCUCUGUCUGGCACAGAUGGUAGAUAGUGCUGGUUUGUUAGUUUUAUUUUUUUAUGUAAAAGGCUAUUUUGAGCCCUGUUUCUUUCACCGUCCAGACCCCUCUGAUUGUAUCUGCAGCUCCUGAGUAGGAAAGAAGCCAGGGUGACCAAUGGGCCUUUAAAAGUGAGCCUUCUCUACUUAAGACUAAGGAGUAAGCCAUUAAAUGAGAAGAUUAGCGCCUCCCAGGAGGAUUGCACUGGGAGGUUUUUAACCCUGGAAAAGGAAUGGCUCUUUCUAGUGCAGAGUACCAAAGAGCGUGGAUAAACCCACAUUCCAAAGCAGUGAGUCCACUAAUGAGGAGAAAUGGAAUGACGUUGGUCCCCUCUCAGAGACUUCUCUAUUUAUAAUGAAUCCCAGGCUGGAGACACCCCUGGUCCUCUGUAUUUAUUCAAAGAUACUUAAGAAAUAAAAGCUGUUGAGAGUUAUUUUCUCCCACUCAGUGAUCACGAUCAUUAUUUAAUAAACAUUUGGUGACUGAAUGAAUAAUUAAAUGUUGGUUACCCACUAGCUAUGCUAGGUCCUGUGCUACCCCCUGGGGACCAAAUCGUGACCUAGACAGCCCCAAUCCCUGCCCUCAGGGGGUUCACAGUGAACAUGACUGCUAUUUCCAUGAGUACAAUUAACGCAGCCACAUGGAAACAGAUUUAUCUUGCAAGAAAACAACAUAAUUAUGAAACUCUUAAUAUAAACACAGUGAAACUGUACAAAUACAAUUGUCCAAGUACCUAAGAUUUUCCUGAACUAAGAGCGUACAAAGCAUAGGUUAGGAAAAACAUCCUAGGUGUCCUUGGCCAGUCUUGCAGAAAGAUACAUCUCCUCAUCCUAAACCAAGAAAGGCAACCACAUUGGGGAUUCAUGUCAUUGAAUAGGCCCAGAUAAUCCCAGUUUUUAUCUUGGUUGGACAGCAGUACUUUUCUAUGCCCCACACCUCUUCUUAUUCCCUGAAGAUUUACCCCUGACUUUUCAUGGCCCAACACACUGGUGGCCUAACUCCUGUGGCGGCACAUUCUAACCUAUUUUUUUUUUAAGAUUUACCAAAUGGAAAGCUAGCCUAGAAACACCAAGUAAAUAUUGUCAAGGGAUGUGAGUUGUUUAAACAUUAGAAAGAUUUUGCACUCAUCUUUAGCUAUAUUUGAAUGUCAAUGAUGCCACAGCAAAUUGUCACAGAGGACUUUAAGAAAUUCUUGCCAUUGGUCAAUUUCAAUUUCAAAGCUUUUAGGUUUGUUUGUGAUUUAAAUUUUUAUGUUAUAGGGAAAAUAUUCUGGUCAUGCAGGGUUUAUUAAUAAUUAUAGUUGUGUAAAAUUAUUUCAUUCUGUUUAUUUUAUUUUGUGUGUAUUGUGCACAGCUUUAGGGGGAGUGCACUAAUUGUGCUGUUCCUUAUACAUGGUACACAUUAUUGACACAGACAAAUAAAGUUUCUAAUUGUUUCUGACUUAAUCACUAGUGACACAGCAUAUUCUAUAUGGAAUGUUUUCUCUCUUCUCAUUGUCAUCUACUUCAUUUUUUUGUUUUCAUGUUUUAAAGAAAUAAAAACCCAAAAGGUAUUAUUGUGCAAUUGGUAUCCUCAUCCAAAAGAAAGAAAACAGAUAUGCUAGUAUUGAGCUCUUACAAAUGUCAACCCUUUGGUCAUUUGACGUUCCCUUUUUAAUGUCCCAAGAGAGCAUAGUGUCAGAAUCUUGUCUAUUUGACAGUGUUGAGAUAAAUGUUGGACAUUUCUCCAUUUCGCUGUUCACUAAUUGUUUUUUUUAUAUAAUCUGGUACCACUUUAUCUACAUUCUUUCUGCAUCCAGGAACAUUAGCCCGUAGUUACACAUCAGACCACUUCUUAGAGGAUGGAGUCUUAUAUAAAAUCAAUCAACCUCAAUAAAACCGAUCAUCGGAAGUGUGUAACUAGUUGCUUCCCAAAGGAUGCUCAAGUAAAUUGCUCUUUUAGAAUUAUACACAUAUUGCAUUCCUCUUUAUGUAUUAAUAAUUUCUGACUAUCUAAUUUAUAAGUUAUUGACUUCAUGUGUCAAAUAAUCAAAACGGUACAGGAAGAGGUGACAUGAAUGAAAUAAUUUGUGGGGGUAAAAAUGUGACCUCUAGUUAGUCUGUGUACUUGCUUGCAAGUCCAUGUUAUAUCUAGAUUUAGUUCUCACUACAAUAGAUAGUAUUUGUCCACUGUGUAUGUGUAAAUAAUACUUUAUUUACCUGAUCAUUAAAAUGUUUAGAAUUCCUCAUUAUAUUAAUACAUGGCCAUAUGUGGAACACUUUCAUAUGUGAAGGAAAUAAGGUAUAAUUUAAAUAUUUUCUUGGAUCAACAAUUAGUAUGUUUCCUAGGACCCAAUCUUUGGUUUAACACAAAAUGAGCAGCCAACAUUUACUUCUUUAAAUAGCAAAAAGAGUAAUUCAAUGACCAGAAUAGCCUUGACUGUUUAACAACCCUUCAGCAAAAUGCCAUGGCCCAAUGAUUCUCAACCUUUUAUAAGCUAAUUUUAAUUUUUUCAAAGAUUCUAAUUUAAGCCUGCCACCACUGAAGAUUUUAUAGAGCUUUGCUUUCCAUGGUUCACAGCAUAAAUACACUGUUUUAACUUGUUGCUUUUCAAAAAAAUAUAUAAAAUAUGCUGUUUUAAACAACCAUGAAGAUAUUCUGAUAGGUAGCUGUCAUCCACUAUGAGAAUCUCUAAUGCAGCACAUUUUCCCCAGAGGUCUCACUAUUAAUAAAAGUUCACCGCCCAUUCUGCCUUUUCCACACAGGCCUUGAGUCGUUGUUGGUUCCACAGUCUGGGGCCCCUGAUCCUAACCUGUCAAAUGAAGUGAGAGUAACUCUAAGUACAUCUGAGAACUUUGUGGAAGCAAUUAGAAAAAUAACAAAUUUCCUCAGGUAGAUAAUAAAGCCCUCUGUUCUCUAACAGUGACAAAACUUCACUUUUUCAAGAAUGUGAAUCAACCCCUUUAAGACUUCAUUCAAUAUUUUUGGCUCAAGGUAUGGAGUCUCUCUUUUGAUUAUGGUUUUCUGUCUCUGAUCUUAGGCAGUUAGAUCCAGAGCCAGCCUUGAGUAUAGUUUCAUGACCUGAAGACCAUUUGGCCAUUUCACAAUUGACCAUGUACAACACUGGAUCUCACCUUGACCUACAACUGGCAUUUGGCUUUUGUGGUACUAAUCACUUCAUUCAAACAAGGCCUUCUGACUAUUGGUAAAAGUUAGCCUUGCAAUCGAUAAAAGAGUGCAUUAUGUAGCAGAGACAUACAAAAUCAUAUUUAUCUUAGAGAGAGAGAAAGGUAAUGUUAUGAGUGAAUUCAUUGGCUUUCGUUCCAAUCUACCUACGAGUUUUUGGUAAUAGAUUUAAUUUCUGCUCUUCUUUUUAAGCAUUAUGUUCUUAUCACUUCUAGCCACAUUCAUUGCCUUCUACCCACCAUAUUUCAAGUGUUGGGCCAUCCUGAUGGUAUUUCACCAACUAGGAGAGCAUAAGAAGGGGAAAUAUUGUAAAUGUUAGGCAUUUCAUUUUUAGAGCUUAAAGAGGCCAUGGUUAAUCACUUCUCAAAGCAGAGAACGUCUUAUCUAUGGAAGGAGCAACCACCGAGAGGUGGGUCUCCCAAGGGAGAGAUUGCUUCAGCUUUCCAGUCAACGAGAAAUGGUGAGUAUCUAACUUUCUGUCAUUUUUUCCCUGCCUGCCACAAGGUCCAAAAAGAUACAUUAAGAGGCUCUCCCAAUUUUCAGUUUUGUCAAAGUUCCUCUGAUUCAAUCUCCUAUGGGACAUUUAAAUCAAUGGUCAUUGUAUAAAUUAUUUGCUAUUUUUAUUUGUAGGAAAAAACAUUACUUCAUAAUUUCAAAAAGCAAUGUGACUUUGUAGUUAAAACUAUGGCUCACAUCUUUACAGGAAGACUUGCUUGCCCAGAAUUGCCUGGUCUCUGUAAUCAGUGCUGUACUUCACAGAUGCUUGUCCUGCUUUGUGUUUAGGAUAAUGCAGUCCUAACUUUUUUCAAAGGUCCGGAAAGGUGGUCCUUUGAGAAUAUGCAAUCUUAAGCUUUCUCUUUUCUAUUUCCAACCUUUGUCAUUUUUUCCAUGACUACUUGCAUCAUAUUCAUCAUCCUUCAUAAUGCUGUUAUUUCUCAGCAAUGGGGAAAGGCUCAUGCAAAAAUGUUUUGAACAUGAUUUUCUGAAAGUUAAAAUUUGUCAGAGGAAAAAUCAAAUACAAUGACAUUCCACCUGGAAAACAGUCAUUAGAUCGUAACAUAUCAUCUCUAUAAACAUUUAGGAUAGAUUAUAGCCUACAGCUACAUGCUAUAGCAGAUUGUUGAUUUUAUUCCUAUUUGGAUCCAUCACAUAUUUUCAUAUUUCAGUGCCCAUUUCUGCACUCUUUAUUUUAUCAAUAGAUGCAGGUAUGCUUUAGGGAUAAGGACCCCCCCACCACAUACACCUCGAAAGGUGAUAUAAACAGAAAAACAUCAUAUAUAGCUUCCAUGCCUUCAAGAAAUAUGAAUGGGUCAAAUGCAUCUCUGUGGUUAUUACAUUCCUGAUGUGCAAAUGGUAGGGAAAUUCUCAUUAAUAGCAAAACACACUAAGAGAGAAAUUAGCUAACUUCAAUGUCACUGAGUCAAUUUUGACAGUUAAUGCAGAGCCCAGCCCUCCUAAUUUGUUGACUGCAAAUAUAUAAAUACUUUUCAAAAUAUUUCACGUAAAAAAUAGACUAAAUUGCAUAUUUAAGAUAAAAGUGAUAUGAUCCACAUGUUUAGUUUUGAGAAAAAUAAUUUUCUCUAUAGGUACCUUUCUACCUUCUUAUACUGAUCUGAACAUUAAACUUUCAAAAAUACUCCAAGGAAGAAAUCAUAAAAGAUUUUACAUUCUCAUAAUGUUCAUAUAAUUGGGCGAUAUAAUUAAGAUAAUGAUGUGGGUGAGAAUUAUCUAUAUGGUUGACAAGAACAUUUUAAAAAAUGAGAGAAUGAGCAAAAAGAAAAUAUGUUAAGAUUUCAUCACAGACUACCCCAGUUUCAGAUAUUUGAAAGUCAUUACCCUUAGGGGAAUAGAUUCCCAGUUUCUAGAAAUGACAGCACAAGUUAAACUUAUAUUCUCCAUUUUUUAUGAGAAAAUCAAAGCUGAGCAUAUUUAAGUUUUGACUUUAGCAACCAAAAAAGAAAAAGUACACUUUUGGCAUAAUUUUCCAUAUUAGUGAGUUAUUUUGUGGAAUACAUUGGGCCUAUAUAGGUGUCUCGUAAAACUGCCUCUAAUAAUUUCCCUCUUCUCUUUUUUUAAAGCCAUAAAGUUUCUAAAUUUUAUAACCUAAUACCUUGACAAUUUAAUUUAUAAAUGGCUGAUUCCAUUUUUAUGUUUAUAUUUCAGAAUUUAAUGUUUUAAAUAAUCAUUACCCAUCUGAUGGGUAGUGAGCUUGAGGCUAGCCCAAAUAAACAACAAAUCCUAGACAGACCUACCAGUAGUUAAAAGGCUUCUGAAACACUGGCCUUUUCUUGCACAGCAAAUAGAAGUGCUGUUUUUUAUCUUCUUUCUACCAAAAAUGGCCAUUUCGACCAGUGUAAAAGCAAACAAAAAAAGGUUUGAAAUGCUAGUUUGAAGGUUAUUUCUAUGAGAAUUAGACACAGUUUUGGCAUUAAAUUUCCUCUGUUCCAUCUCUUCCUAGAGCACAGAGAUACACACAUAAAUACAAAAAUAGAUGCUGUAUGUCAAAUAACUUGAAUUGCAUUUUUGGAUGUUUAGGAUUGGCCUAAAAGCCCAUGUCAGGUUAGUGUUCCUUUUUAUCAGAUCUCUUUUAAAUGGAAAAAGGUAAGAGAUGUGGAAGGAAAUACAUUCCUGAUUUUUUUUUCUUUCUAGCUAAAGAUGCAAAUUCAAAGUUGUUUGAAAACUACUUAGAAUACUGUUAAUUAUAUGUAUCCUUCUAAAAACAUGAGUGGAUUUCUUUUAAAAGCAAUUCAUUUUUCUUUUCUUCAUUUAGUAAACAUUUCUGAUAGAAAGUGUUUAUGAUCAGUUAGGACUUCUUUCUGACAUUUCCAAUUACCCUCUUUGCCUUUUUUGAGGGUGUUGAAAACAGCUCUUGAAAAAAUAUCCUUGUCUAGGUCAAAUCAUGGGGAAUUAAAGAGAUGAGGUUUUGCAUUUCCUGUGGAAACACAGCACUGAGCAGGCAGGCUCCCAUACAUCAGUUGAUAUUAUCUAGAAAUGUGUUCUGGCAUGUUGGGAGCAAAGGGAUAGGAGUCCCACCCAGUUUUGCCACAAAUACCUAAUCAUCUACCAUCAUGUAGAUUCUCCUCUAGCUGCAGUUUAUCUUAUUUUCAACUGAAACAACACUUAACUUUCAUAAUUGUCUUGCCCCUAUCAUUUUUCUGCCAAGAUCUUACUAACAAACUAGCCCUUUCAACUGGUUGGUACAUAAGAUUUCUCCAAGAGGAGGGAUAAGGAGUAGUAGUACAGAGUGGGACACAAUAUUUAUGCUAAAUCAUUGGAAUCUAUUUAACCAACCGCUUUAUUACAUACUGGACCCCAUUUAGGACACUUAGUAUUGGAAAUACUAGAAGGAUUUUAUUGCUAUUUCAUCAACAAAAUUUUUGUGUUAUUAGAUCUAAGCAAAGGAUAACAUCAUGCAAAAACAAAGUUAUUUUUAUUAGCUACGAAUCAUGUUACAAUUUGCGAGAAAAUGUAUUUUUGAUGUUUUAGUCUAAAACUCUAAGAACAGAUUUUUUGCUGCCAUCGGUAAUCCUAUAAGAAAUUUGACACUCUGAAUCUUCUUCAAGACAGAUGUUGCUAUGGUUAAUGUAUGCAUAAGGCUUAAAAUAUUCUUGAUAUUCUCAGGUUGUUCUCGCAGAUCUGCACAGAUUUACGUUUUUUUAAAAAAAGAGUAUCUUUCUCAUCAAAUAGAUUGGGAAUUUUCCCAAUAACUGGUUUCAUUUUGUUAAGAAAUGAGUCUAGCAUCCACAGAAGCUGCGAGAGUAGAUUGCAUCAGCAACUCUGCUUCUAUGUCCCCUUUUCCUACUUGACUCUUAAUCACUGCGCAUGUCUUUCAGAAAUAACUGUAGAUGGUGAGAGGAAGCUGAAAGGAAAAGAUGUCCUCUCAUUCAAAAUAAACUAAAUUUGCUUAUCACCUUUAAAACUUUGUUUAAAUUUUUAAACAUAAAUACAAAACAAAAAGUGAUGCUUUUAAAUAACAAAUCUGAAGCAAAGAUUGCACUUUUGAAAGCUAUGAAGAAAAUGUACAUUAAUUGAGACAUGGGAUUUAAUAACAUCAGUGUUUAACCACUGCCUUGUCCACAUUUCAUUCCUACAGUUUCCAGUAGCAAACAAUUCAUUGGGCAGGGGAGACAGAUCAUGUUUGAUGUCAUAGUCACAUCACCAUUCUGCUACUAGAUAUGGUCAAGAACUCAGUAAAAUAGCCAACCCUAGUUCUUGAGCCAGACAACCAUUCCCAUAAUGGAUAUGAUCUACGAGCAUUCGUACAAUGCCAGAAAUAUUUUUUUCAUUUGAUGUGAAUAUUACCUAUAGCAAUUCCUUUCUGCUGUGAGCCAAAUUGUUUUGUUUGAUUCAAACCUUCCCAAACAGUCAUGCAGCUCAAUCACAUGCUUAUUGCCUGCACAAAAGGUGAGCUAUCUUUUCAAACUGGUUGCCAUAGAACCAAUUUUUAAAAACACUGAGAAAGCGCCAUAGCCAAAUGGAUUGGACCUAGCAAUGAGGAGUCAAAACUGGGAUUUUUUUUCUUUCCAGCCAAUGCUCUGACACUCCAACUCUAAAAGUGAUUAUAUUAUUAGUAAAAUGAAAAUAAUUAAUUGCUUUGUUGCUGUUUAUAAUUAAUUCAUAUCUCUUCAGAGCUUGAAGCUUCCGCUAGCCAAAAUGAAAUUCAUGGGUAGUAGUAUUAUGACUUUAACCAAAGACCAGGUUUGUUUUGAGAAGAAACCAGAAUUGGUUUGUGUCUCUUUAAAGCAACAGACAAGAUAUUUUUGUAACAUUUAAAAACAAUGAAGAGGGUUCAGCACAGGCUGCUGGGUGAUAGAGAAGGGCAGGGCUUCUGACAGACUCUCUUGAUGUUUUGCUCUUCCUUGUGUCCAUCUGUCCUGGUUCUCAGUGGGAUAUUUCCCCACGCUCAUUCAGUGGGAGGAUACUGACAUAGCUCCAGGCUCUACUUUUUAUUUCCUAAUUCUCCCAGGAGAAACAGCCAUUCCAGAGCUUGUAAAAUUUAAAAAAAAAAAAAAGAGGGAGGAGGGAAUGACAGUUGUCUCAUUGAUUGAACCAGAAGUUCUAUACAAAAACACGGACCAUUCUGAUGGUCUCCAUAUUAACACUGCGUUCAAUAAAUGAUUUUUUUUUAAAGUGACUGCAACCCAGGAAAAAGAUUUGAGGAAAUAGGAAAUAUCUUAAAAAUCACUUUAUCUUCCUGCCCAUUCCUUGAAAAUCCAUAAGGGUUGAGAGAUUCAGAAAGUGCUCAUCAAUUAAAAUUCAUAAAUAUCAACUGGUUACUAGAGCUACAUAAAUAUCAACUGGCAAAUUAACCUGAGGAAAAAGAAUGUGAAAGAAGUUAAACCAAAGAAGACAAAAAAUUAGUCAACUUAGCGAGCCUGUCUUCCGGGAUCAUUAAAUCACUUUAUAUUCAUUUAAAACUUAUUAAAAAUAUCUGUACAGUCAAGACAGUGGAGCAAUUUUUAAAUCAAAUGUCAGAGUUUAUUAUUUUUCAAUCAUCCAAUUUCAUUAAUCUCAAGCAUUUACUUUGUGCAGAAUAUCAUACUAAGGAAUCCUAGGAUGGUAUGAAGAAUUCAGGACAAAGCAAUUUCAGGAAAACUAACAAUAACUCUGAAUUUAGCCAGGAAGAGUUCAGUUAUGACACUCUAAUUAACCUUCCAUUUUGGUUUAGAGACACUUUAUUAAUUUGAGACUGCUUAAUGAGGCCAUUCUUAAACCUAGCAAGGAAUUUUCUUUUAAUAGAAAUAGAAAUACUAAUUUUCUUACUUUCACAUUCUGUCUUUCACCAAUGAGAUAAAUGGAUUCUGACUCAACUAACACAUCCGGAUUCUACAAGGAGCCAAACACUGUGUGAGAUUGAUAGGUGGUUUUUCAUUUAACAUUUCAAGUUGGCCAAAACUUGUUCCAAAGAUUAUUUGCCUCCCCAUUACUGAAUUGUUUUUCUAUUGGAUGUUGAUAUUAAUUAAUCACUGGAUUUUCUUAAUUCUGCCUGUUGCUCUUCUGACUUUGAGGCGCCUGGCUGUAUUUCAGUGAGUUACAACUCCAGCUGUCACAUUUUAAUGGCCAACUAGAGGAGAAGACCUCAGUCCCCAUGUCUGAGUACACAAUGUUCUCUUCGUUUUAACAUCAAAUAGUCAUCAGAGAAGAGACCCCAAGGCUUUCUUCUUUUGAAAAUUAGUAUUUAAUUGCUUCAGAGAGUUAAGAAUCUUCAGCUCUCUCUGGACUUGAAUUUCCUCAUCAUUAUAUGGAGGAAUUUCACUUUUAGCUUGAUUUUCCAGAACACAUCGAGUCCUAUAUGAUUCACGGUUGCCUGUUACCACCUACUGGGUAUGGGUUGAACAUGCUUUAUGUUGUAGACCAGUUGUUGCUCGUAAUACUUGAUUACUUGUGCAAGGGUCAAGCCAAUAAAACUGCAUUAAGUUUGACAGGAAUUUAAGGAUUCUGAAAUAAGUUUUUGUGCACUGCUGGAAAAAAAAAUUCCCUUUCCUAAAAGAAGUGGCAAAUCUCUCUUUUGGGGGGAUGCCUACAAUACAAAAUUUAACAAGCUUAGAAUGGAUUCCAUGUUGGUGAACUUCAUAAAGCGGAACCCAUUAUUCUUCUAAAUGUAAAUUUUAAGUUCACAGUUUCCCACAAUAAUUCCACUUUUAGAUUUCAUUCCUUGUACUUAAGGACAACCUUUUAGGAGGAUGAGACUGACAGCAGUUAUUUUAUUCUAAAGUCUGUGACUACAAACAGAUGCACAUUGACCAGGCAGAAAGAUAUUAAAAGAUACAAGUAUUCUAAAGGAACAUGAAAAGAGAAUUGCAUUUGCUACAGAUUCGACUGUCUUUUAAACACAUCUCCUGUAUAGAAAAAAAAAAAUGAUUACUACUUGGAAAGAUUUUUACAAGAAGACUUAAAUCUCAACUCUAGCAAUCAUCUGGUUUGCCACAGACAAAAUGCCCCAUUUAGCAAUCUAAAAUUGCACAUGGUUGUAGCAAACAUACCAAGAGGAUGCAGACAUUGCCAUGGCAAACAAAAGAAAAAGAAAAAGCAACCAUGGUGAAUGCUGCUUAUAUGAACAAAGAAUGUUUUAGAGGAAUGAAAGUAAACUUUCUCUUGAAGGAAUCCCAGUUAGAAUAUCAUCAAAGAUGACAAAACCAUUCCAACACCAUAGCAGUAAUACAUUCCAGUUUCAUUAGCACUGAGGCACAAAGCCAAAUUUGUGGGGGAAAGAUAAACAAAAAUUCCCAGCACUGCAACAAAUAAAGUGAUCUUGUGAGCCUAACUCUUGAGAAAUCGAAAUAGAUAAUAUUUUUGUUAUAAUUUUUAUGACUGCCACCUAAAUAUAAAAUUACUUUCCCUUCUCUCACUAUAAAUCUUUAUAUAUAGCUGCUAUUCAGUUACAGUAGGCAUCAUAUUUAUAUAUUUUGAUAAGUCCCUCACAUUGAAUUUGACCCCAUUUCACAUGUGAUUAGCAAAUCCUAAAUUGGAAAAGUAGGAUUUUCUGUGCUUUUUAAACAAAUCUGCUCCAUAAGCAGUUUCUGGAGAUAACCGCCUUCAGCCAUUCUGGUAGCACUGUCAAUCAGCCAUAGGUGCUUGGUUUAAGGCAGAGAACCUGUGGAUAGAUUGAGCCUUCCUCCUGCACAAGCAGCUAGCUGCUCGUCACACAAACGCGUGUCUUCUCAUCCUCCACUCUUUCUGCCAAUCCAGCCUCUUGAAUUGACCCAGGUCCACCUAUCAGUCAAACAAAGAGCAAUCUCUAAUGACAUGUGCUGACAGACCGCUCAAUCCAGUUCCUCAUCAACUAAAUUUCAUGACUAUCUCUUGAUAUGCUUGCCCUCUCUUUACACUUUUAUAUAGGUCCUUACAUUUGAUAUACUUUAGAAAGGUUUUUACUAGAAAAAAAUGUCAACAAAUCUUUGCGUCAAGUGAAGGAAUGGUGAACAAACAUAGCUGUUAUCAUGUUAAUUAUCCUGAGGUAAUAGGGAGCAUAUCACCCUCUGUGGCAAGAGAGGUUUAAGGCUAUUACUAAAAUAAUACUCUGAAGAGAGGCCGUAGAGCCUUCCACAAAUAGCCUUACAGGGACUCAAAUUUAUGAUAUAGAAAGAUCAUGUUCCCUUCAGAGGAAGGUACUAUGUUAGAGUAUGAAUUGGAGUAAUAUUUCACAGACAGGUUUUCUGUAUAUGUUGAUAUGAUACUUAAACUUCUGAACCUCUAGAUUCUCUGUAAUUAGAGUAAGCUACUACAGUAAUUCUUAACGUAUGGUCCCAGAAAAAGUAGCAUCAGCAACAACUUCGAAAUUUCUUAGAUAUGCAAGUUCUCUGGUCCCACCUAAGAUGCCAGCCCAGACCUAUGAAUCUGACAUUCUGGAAGUGGACCCAGCAAUGUAGGUUUUAACAAGCCCUUGUGAUAAGUCUGAUGCAUGUUCAAGUUGGAGGACUAUUAAAUAGUGCUCUGAGUGAUCAGGAAAAGCUAAUGUCAACCCACUGUUUAACUCUACUUCCUCAGAGGAAAAAACUUAAAAGCUUAAAUGGAAGGUUCCAUCUUGGUCCAAUACGUUCUCAUAUAGGGACAGAAAUGCCUACUGUUAGGACUUACAAUAUAAUUUGAAGGAAAAUUAAUCCUUACAAAUAUUCUUUACUGGAUAACGGAGCUUGAGGCAGGCUCGCCAAUCAGAUAGAUUUCUAACAGCUUUUCUAGAUCUUUUUACAAACCAACAGCUAAUCUGCUUUGCCUGAUUGCCCGGGAUCUAGGGGAUGACCUUGACACCUUUCUCUUAAGUGAUUAGCUCUGGCCCAUUUGCCUUAAUGCUAAAGCAGCAUGUAAUAGUACUGAGUUCUAUUUAAUGACACUGGUUUGAAGAGUGGCUAUGGACUGACUGAGCUAAAAUGACUACUGGUUAUGAGUGAUUUUUGGUUUUAGAAGACAGUUUCAAAGGCUCACAGGGCUUAUAAAAUCUGGAAACCACAGACAAUGUAGACAUCAAUCCCAGGACCCCAAGGAGCCCUUUCGUUUGAAUUGGUGCAGAACCGGCAUAGAGAGUCAGCAAGUGAUGUUGGCUUAUAAAAAUGGCUUAGAAAAAGGAAUUUAAAAUCAUGAGUUGUGUGUGUGUGUGCAUGUGCAUAUGUGUAUGCAUUCUUAAAUCUAACCUGGAAACUAUCACAGGUACUUAAAACAUCCAUAUGUAUUUUGAUGCUUCCUUUUGAUCCAGAAAAGUAAUUCAAAGUAUGCAAAAAGAGGCCAAAAAUGGAAGCUUAACAGUGAUAUAUUGGAGAAAAAUGCUGGAACUAUCCCUCCAAGUCUCCCUUAGAAGAAGCCAAACUUGUCAGAUACUUUGGAAUGACUGCUUUUUUUCAGGAAUUACUAAAAAGGAAUAACCGAUGUAUCAUAAUGUGUUCUAGCUGCUUCUCUAGAAUCUGUGUUCCUCUCCUGCUGCUGGUCAAAAUUAGAGCAUUUGUGUGUCCGUUGUCUGUCUUGAAAGCAUUUUCUCAUUGGCUCUUUCCCCACUGUCCUAUUUCUCUCUCACACACCUAAUCUCCAAAUAGUUGUCCCCACAUCCUUCUGUCUCCACUGUUGUGCCCUUCUCCAUUUGCAUAUUCUUUUACUUAAAGUUAAAGCCUCACUAAGAAGAUACUUCUUAGAAAAAACACCAAUGUCAGGGUGCUUUGGUGAUGGGAAGUACACCUUUGCAGGAGGAGGGGCUGGAUCAGAUUGACUGGGAUUCACUCAGAUCCAGAGCUUUUACCUCCUCCCAGAACUUUGUGGUCCACAGUGGGUUUUCUUUUCUUUUCUUUCUUCUUCUUCUUCUUUUUUUUUUUUUUAACACUCUUAAGUCCAAGGCACAUUUACAAUGGUGGCUUAUCUUUCUCCACAGUCCAUGGUUUGUGUUUUUGGCUCAAAUCUUCAAAUCUUGAAACAAAUCGGGGUUAAACAUUUCUCUCAGAAAGCUUAGGAAAUAAAGUUACAUAUUCUAAAGAUCCUUAGUUAUGUGGUCCAUGAGAAAGGCCUUGACAUUAGAAAGUAAGAGAUAAUUGUUUUCGAUCUCCCAACAGCUUUGCCUUUCACUGCCAUUCAUGGUGAUUUUCGUAGGUCAGUGGUGCAAUUCAACACUAUUCUAAUAAGCCAUAAUAAUCAUUGUUGGCACAACUGUUAUUAUAAUGGGGAUUUCCCUGGGUUUCAUCCAUUAAUUUUGGUAGACAGUAGGAAGCUCGCACUGAGCAGACAUUUGUAGCUUCCUAGACAAGGGUAAGAGAGGGAACUAGAAUACUAUAUAUACUGCGUAUAUGCACAAAACACUGUUCUGUGCCAUUGGGAGUGUUCUGUGGGGCGGGCAGUUUGAGAAGGAAGAAUCCAAGUAGAAAACAAAUUUAGAACUUCUCUCUCACCUUUGAUGGUUCUGAUGGCAAUUUGUUCCCACUGAGGUGAUCAUGAAUUCCCUGAAUAGGACCCCUCCACCCCACCCCCUCAAAAAAGAACAGCUUUUCACAUCCUGUGUCUAUAGUUUAAAGGGCCCUUUACAAAUAACCUUCAAAGACAGAGAGAGGGAAACUGGAAAGUGGAGAGAAGACGUUACCUUGAAAAAUGAAGUAAACAAUCUUAAUACUCUAAUUGAUCCUGAAGACGUUCACGUGUCUAAAGCUGCUUUUUAAAUAACUUCACUGCACUUUGAAAUUCCUGAGUAGUGGUGUAUCAGUAAUACAUUUGGAUACUUAACUGAAUUUUUCAGUUUUCAUUCUUUCAUGUUAACGAAUGUAAUCUCUAAGACUUACCAUUUUGAGUACACACACACACAACCACAUACACAUAUAUAAAGGCAUAUGCACCAUAGAUCACUCAUUUUGUGGGAAACACAAUGUAAAUUAAUCAAAAAGAUUCCAGUGGAUUCUCUUAGUGUGUUUCAGUGACAUAUUUUGUGGGAAAUAAAGGUACUCCUACCCUCUUUGCUGACCAUAUUGUUAAAAUUAUGAUCUUAAGCAACGUUGUUAGAAAUGCCUGUGUAAAGCAUCUUCUCUAGAAUCAGUGAAUUGAUACACUUUGAAUUCAAAAAGAAUAUGUGCUAAACGUAAAUAUUUUUAUAUUUGUGGUGUUUUCCUAUUAACCUAUAGUAGUGAACAAGUGACCACACAGCUAAUUUCAUGAAAAAAAAAAAAAUGGACUACAUGAAAUGUUUGAAAUGGAGGAAGUUAUUUAUAAAGUCUACUGCCAAAGACAAUUGUUUAAUGAUCUGUAAAAUGUGGAUUUCUUUUAUUAUGAAUAUGAUUAUAAGAAAUGCUCACCCUAUCAUCCUCUAUCUUUUGAAAAUCAGUAUUUUGUAUUUCUAAGGACCAAGGAAAAAUUUUUUUAAGCCAACGUAACACACAGACGCCUUGGAAAUGAAAGGUACAAUGACUUGGAUCAGCUGCAUAAUGUUAGAUUAGAAUUCCAACAUCUGAUGGUAAAUUUAUCAAUCUUUCCUAUAAUUCUUAUACUGUACUAAAUUAGAUUUGGGAAUUUCAGCUAAUCUUUUCAAAUUAAAGGUACCGACAUUAAUGACAGAUCUUGUCUAUCAUGAAAGUCAUUAAAACAUUCCUUUCCAAGUACCAUGAGUGGAUGAAAAUUACCAUGAAAUAAUUUUCCCAUCUAACCAUCUCAUAUAAGUGAACUCAGAGGUAUAACAAUGUUGCAUAGAAGGUUAACAGACUAUGUGCACCAGGAUAUUUAAUUUGUGCAGUUAGCAAGACCUAGCCAUUUAAAAUAUAUAUUUAAAUGUUUUGUAAAUAAAAUUUUUGAUUCCUGUAGUUUUGUUCUAACUGCUAUCUUUUAAUAUACUUCAAUUUUAUUUAAAUUUUUACAAUAAUCUGUUAUAAGUUAGAUGUUGCUUUAUUAACUCUGUGAUUCAAUGUACACUCAGCCAUAUUUCUGUGGGGAAACAUCAAUCCUACUGACUUUCUUGGCAUGAGCCAGAUAUUCAUAGUUUCUUUAAGGACUCUAAGUACGAGACCAAAAAACCCACCAAAAUUAAAUGCUAAUGAAGAAAUUAGAAGCCUAUUGUAUAAAAUGUAUUUUUUAAAUCUGAAGAUAUGUGUGAUUUACACUGCCUGUUAAUCUAGUCUCUUUGUGAAAUAACCAGAGCAUAUUUGUUAAGACUCUGAAACACCAAAUAUUUGUGAUGUUUGUAUAGCACCGUUAUAAUGUGAUUUCAAGUGGUAAGCAUCUUUGCUGUAAUCAUGUGAGCCCACAGAAAAAUAAAUUUUUGCUGUUAUGUACAACCAGCUCUCAGAAUUCGGAUUUCCUGCAGCUGCUGUAUCACCAAUAAAUGAGAAUUACUUGUGAAAAACAAUUUUUAAAGAAUUGAGUUUAUGAUCACUGUGCAUUUUCUUAAUGAAUAAAUUCUGAGAGUUUUAUAUUUUACCGGAAAUGCUCUGUCAGUAAACACAAUUGCUGAUUUUGACCAUACUAUCAUUUCAGUGGUUUCUAUAUUCUUGAUCUAACUACCAAAAACUGGAAGCUAAUGCAAGGUGUAUUCUAACAAAUGUACAAUAAAUGAUUUUUCCUGCA